CCUGGCGUUUACACAUUUAUCCCCUCUGCAGUUCAAGCUGCCACAUGCGCGCACGGUGCAGCAGCGGACUCCCCCGUGCGCCCUCGCUUCUCCAGAUGGGUUGAGCGAGUGAAAAGCCCCGAGACCGCAUGGUUCCGUCCCGCGGUGCAAACUUCGGGCUGGUCCAAAGUCGGCGGCUCAGCCCGGUAUGAUCGUUUCCAACCUGAGCUGUGCGCACUGUCCCGGGGGAGGAGCCGGCGGCACGGCGGCGACGGAUGCGUACGAAGAGGUGUCCGGUGCUCUCCCUCCCCCGUCCCUGAGCCCGACGGGGCACCUGGUGGUGGCGGUGUGCCUCGGCUUCAUCGGCACCUUCGGGUUCCUCAGUAACUUCCUGGUGCUCACGCUGUUCUGCCGGUACCGGGCUCUGCGCACGCCCAUGAACCUCCUGCUGGUGAGCAUCUCUGGGAGCGACCUGCUGGUCAGCGUGCUGGGCACCCCGUUCAGCUUCGCGGCCAGCACCCAGGGGCGGUGGCUGAUCGGACGCGCUGGGUGCGUGUGGUACGGGUUCGUUAACGCAUGUUUGGGAAGUGACAGCAGGAGGACACGCUGAGCAGCAGUCAACUGCUGACGUGCCCCUGAUGUCAUUUGGAUCAACUCGCCGAUACUCAACUGCUCGGAUGACUCAUCGCUCCAAGGACUCGAGACGCGGUGAUGCUUUUUAAUGAAUGGAGAUAAAUAAGGCAGUAUACUGUAUGUGCCUCACUUUAUGUACUGUGAAUACCUGCUACUACCUGUGUCAUACACAUGCAUGCUCAUUAUUAGCUAGCAGAGCAGCUUGUUGAAUGAGUCACACUAUUUACUUGAACUGUUGCUAUUUAUGCUUUUUAUUACAUGAAUAAUGAGAAUUUAUGUUUCCGCUGAAAGCUACUGCAAACUGUUAGUGGGUGUGAGUUUAGCAUCCGCUGUGAAGGCAUGUUCAGGUGUGUGUAUGUGUGUGUGCAAGCAUAAAAUUACUCUACAUUCAUGUACAAACACUGUAAAUGCCCAUGCCUCUUUGCUAUUAAUGAAGCAGCAGUAUAAA